AUGCUGUGGUACAGGGCAUGGCUAAAUCGACGGGCCUCGCGACUGUCACUGGAUCUUUCGACGGCUUUCCCAAUUUUGGCGGAGACCAAUGGGCUAAUAGAAGGAUCCAAUUUACUCAGAGUAUACCUUGGAAUUGCGCGAUUGAUGAAAGAGGGUAAGGCUUUAAGAGUUGAUGAUAUCGUGACACAACUGCAGUUGUCCCACAUAUUCCGUGUGGUGCCUGUGGAACAGACUUGUUUUCAGCGUGUGCUUGUUUUCACUAUUUUAGGAUGGCAGACAAUGUUAUGGGAGCCAACGUGGGACGCAGCCAAUCCUACGCAGAUGACAGUUGCACAACUGGUGGAUGGGUACGAGAGCCGAACUUUCAUGGCGUAUACUCAAGAUCAUCGAUGCGCUCAGCUCCCCAUGCAUGAGUUCCUUCUUGGCUUCGGGUACCUACUGCCAACAAGAAGCACAGAUCGUCAGAGUCCCGAGAGCUUCGCGACAGUCCAUGCCAAGCAGUUCAAUAUGUCUCUUCUUGCCACAAUUGGCGGGAUGAAAAUUAGGUGGAUUGACACACUGGGUGCGCAUCUAGAGUUUGAUAGCCGCACCAAAACCUUGUUCCUCUUUCGGUUUCCUUCUUUUUGCGCAGCAAAUCUCGAGAAAGACUUAUCGGGCGAGAAAUGGGUGCGAGGAGUCAUACAUGGUUGUACCGCCCCAGCUGGUGAUCCUACCAACUGGGCUACCGCUGAAGACGUGACAAGCUUUCUAUAUGAGGUCCUGCUGUCAUAUCGCCUGCUUUUCGGACUUUCAGCAAAGGGGCGGCAGUUCUACCGAUCACUACGUCCAUUUAGUGACCUUCCGCCUGACCAACAUGAUCUUCUUCUCGGGGAACUAUGCGGCUCUCGCACUCUGACAACAGUAUCUAUUGACCACCAUGAAGGCAUUUUUAGUCUUGUUUCUGACUUUCCAAUCCUCCACGGCCGAUUUGAAGCCCUUCAAGCACACCUAGCAUGUCAGAAGGCGCGGGGCCUGAUGCAAUUAUGGCGGGACAAACGAAGUACAGAAUCAUGGUAUACAUUCUGGGCUGUUGUGCUCAUUGGAGGGGUCAGGUUAUUUCUCUCAUUUGUUCAGACUGUUCUUCAAAUCAUGCAGGUAUUGUAUAGUAUUCCUUAG